UUGUUUACAAAAUCAAAUCAAAUGAGUAAUGAAAACAGAUUGUAGACUUCUUGUCAUUGUUGUGUGACAUUAAAUGCUUGCUACGUAAACUGGGUUUUUACUUGUGAAUGAGUCAAUUCAUAACUUACUCGACGCUACUCAUCAGUAAUAGAAAAUGGCAUUCACCCGUAGAACAGAAGUCAGACACAUAUCACAAGCGGAAUUGAUUAAAAUCGCGGAAAUAUUGAAUGUACCGUCUAGCAGCCCGGCCUGGAAAAAGGUGAUGCAAAUUGUGCCUUCCGAAUUGAUAGAUCAUGAACAAUUGAACGAUUGCAAACCGAAGUACAAUAUCCAAAACAUCAGAUCAAUAGAAAAAGCUGGUGGAAGGCUUAAAAAUUCUGCGUACAUUUUCCUUGAAGAAUGGAUGACUUCUGGCAAAAUUCGACCCACACUCAGUCACCUAUUACAGCUGCUUGUAAAGUCUGAACUAUGGCGAGCCGCAGAGUACGUAGCAAUCAAUUUGUUGAGCGAAGCACCACCUCAGCGACCAACGACAGGACCUGCCGCAAAAAUAGACAUUUCUUUGCCAGACGACUUGGGCGGUAUUGAUAACGAACUGUUGAACGGAAACUAUCCGAAUACAUCGGAGAUUAUAUGGAUUUGAAUCAGUGCCAUGAAGCUGCCAGUAAAAACAUUGCGAGCAAGCAAAUAUUUGACCGUUCGUUGAUGCCGGAUCGCCCCAUAAGCGAACAGGAUUUGAUACGUAUGUCAACUGCGCCGCAAUUGGGUCAAGAUGCUACUGCAACGCCAGUACAGACAACUAAUGACUUAACUCGCAGACCGGAACAUCGAGACAGUCAGAUACAAUUGUCACAUGUAAAUGGGAUACGUCCUACACAACAUCGUGCCAAUGCGACGAAUUCUUCAACGUCUGCAAACAAAUCGUCAUCGUCUACAAUAACGAAGAAUGAAACGGUGGAUCGAAUUUCCGUUCAACCAUCGGACACGCCGCACAAUUUUGUACCGAAUUUUCAGUUUUUUAAUGGUGGGUCCAACUCUUCCGAUAACUCGCAGUCCAAUACCGGCGAACUUCCGAAUUUGUCGAUUUUGAAUGUUGCCAAUGGUACAAACGGUCAACGGGAAUGCGUUAGCAGAAAUGUUCCGCAUAUCUCACAAAUCACGAAUCAAUCGCAGUCGACGUCCAUCAGUGUGAUAUCAACUGACGAAGAAGAAAAUUCUACCGGAAAUGUUCCGCAUUUGUCAGAGAUAAUGGAACAGCCCAACAAUCUAACGGAUUGCUCAACGUCGGCUAAUUCCUCCGUUCCAACGUCGCACAAUUUUGUACCGAAUUUUCAGUUCUUUAAAGGUGGGUCUGACUAUUCCGAAGAUUCGCAUUCCAAUACCGGUGACAUUCCGAACUUAUCAAUUUUCAAUGUUGCCGAUGGUACUGCAAGUGGGCAACCGGAAUGCGCAGCCAGAAAUGUUCCGUACUUCUCACAGAUCACGGAUCGAUCGCAGUCAACGUCCGGCAGUGCCAUGUCGAGGGUGUAUUCAAAUGAUGAAGGUGAAAAUUCUACCGGAAAUGUUCCACAUUUGUCAGAAUUAAUGGAACAGCUCAACAAUCAAACGAAUUGCUCAGCGUCAGCUAUAAAUCCUAUGGAUCGAAUUUCGUCUGUUCCAACAUUACCGAAUUUUUCGCAAUUAAUGAAUCAGUCGCAGUCGUUAGAUAAUCGGGGGGAGGAACAAAAUUCAACCGAUCACCAUGAGUCGCCAAACGCAAAUAUUCCACAUUUUUCACAAUUACUUAGUCAGUCGCAUCCAACAUCUGAUAAUUUAACGUCAGAACAGAAUUCCAACGAUACACAAGAAUGUUUUGAUGGAAAUGUUCCACAUUUGUCACAAUUACUGAGUCAGUCGCAUCCAACUUCCGAUAAUAUACCGCAGGAACAGAAUUCAACCGAUGAAGGAGAAUCUUUUGAAGCGAAUGUGCCACAUUUGUCACAAUUAGUAAAUCAGUCAACUGAUGGAUCGGGAGCAUGAAUAUAUCUAGUUUUUAAUGACCAUCGAGAUCAAAUAACUGACAAACUUAAAAUAGAAAUAUUUCACAUUAAAAGUAAGCGUUUGAAGGAA